UACUGGGAAUAGCCCAUUUUAUUACUUCCAGCGUGAACGAUUGAUCGAUCGGUCCUAUCGAUGCGCGUGUGCGCGGUAUACGCGUAUGUACAAGUUCGUGUCUGGGCGUCAGUCAUCCCAUCCCCUCUAUACGGCCCGCAACGAUAUGCUUCAACCAUAUAUCCCACUUCCUCCGUAACCAAGGGAAGCCAAGUUCAGUCCAGCCAUAGGACCCAUCCCAUCCCAAUGUCCAACACCUAUUCCCUUCCUUAUCCACCUAGACACACAGUCCAAACGCCUACACGAGCGGUGGAGAUAAGAGAGUAGAGUUUGAAAAGUGGAAAAAACCCAAAAUAUAAUAGAGGUAGGGAAAUCUUUAAAAAAAUCUUGAAGGGAAAUUUGUUGCGCCGAUGCUUUUUCCGCCCAAGGGAAAAAAAGAUGGUUCUAGUAACCCCUUCUCAAAGCAACCUAUCGCGUCGUUCUCCCUGGUCGUCUCCUUGAAGUCUCCCUUGGGCCUCCCUUACGACGUCGGACCCCGGCCCCCCAGAUCCCCCGUAUCCUCGUGGAAUAUGCUCCGUCUAAGCGGGCUCCCCGCGCCCGCCCUGUCGCCGCGGUCCCAGUCGCUGCCUGCUUGGUUCGCCGUCGGCGGUUCGGCGGGGGCGUUGCCGCGUGGCUGUUGUUGGUUGCCCGCGCCCUCGUUAUACGCCGGCGGCGCUGCGCUCCCCGCGUCCGAGCUCACCGUCACGUCGCUGAUCUGCCGCAGGUGCGCCGAGUCCCGGCUGCUGAUGCCGCUGAGUCCGCUGACCACCGCUUUGCGAGGGCCGGACGACGGAGCCGCUGCAGCUGCUGCGUUGUGGCUGUCUGCGCCCUCUGGAGAGGCGGCCGCAGCAGCAGCAGCAGCAGCAGCA